CUUAACCAGGUAAUCUGUGGACCCAUCUGCUGUUACAGUCACCCACCGUACAUCCACUCUACACCAACAUGUCACCUCUUUGUUAGACCACGUAGCCCAGCGCAAGAGAAGAACAUGCUGCUGUCUCCUCAAGCAGAGAGGAACUGGGAGAGCCUCUGUGAGGUGCUUGAAGACGUACUGGAGGAACAGUCUCACAAGCAGCUAUUUGCCUUAGAGAUCGGCUCCGGGACGGGACAGCAUGUCAUCAGGUUUGCGCAGAAGUUGCCCUUUGUCACUUGGCAGCCAUCGGACAUCAAAAUGGAGUGCCGAGACAGCAUUAAAGCCUAUAUAGCUGCAACCCACGUGAAAACUGUGCUGCAGCCAGUCCUGCUGGAUGCCAGCGAGCCUUGGGACAAAUGGGCAGGCGUUUCCCGUAGCUCCUGUGACAUUAUCAUCGCCAUUAACCUGCUGCAGUACAGCUCCUUCAAAACAGCACAGGGCGUUUUCAGUGGAGCAGGGCAGACCCUCAAACCAAACGGCCUUUUGAUAACAUACGGGGUUUAUGCUGUUAAUGGCAUUAUUUCACCAAGCUGUAAUGAAGUUCUGGAUGAAGAACUACGGAAACUGAAUCCAGAGUGGGGUCUUCCAGACCUUGACGUGCUGAGGCAGCAGGCCUAUGGAAACGGGCUGCGUUUGGAGAGAAUGAUUGAGAUGGAAGACUACUACAAAUGCCUCGUCUUUAGGAAACUCUGAAGGUUGUCCUCGUGAAAUAGACUUUGUAGCAGAGUACUGGUGUCACCAAUAAGGUGCACAUAUAAAAAUAAAUCACUAUCGUAUACUUAAUAUCAAAUUUAAAAUUGUAUAUUUACAAAGAUAUGUUAAUUUGGUCAGUAAGGAAUAAAGUGUUAGAACUAUGAGUGCAAAACUAACAUUCACGUUUGCAGGACUCAAUCCUGUGCCACUAUGGAGCAUUCUGCCUCCAGACUGACACUUUUUUUUUUCACUGCAUGUUUUAGAUGAUUUUUUUAAAUGUUUUGUCCUUUAUUUUUAUUGCACUCAUCACUUUUA